AUGGCUCUCGCAACCAACACACUGAUCGAUGGACAGUGGGUGACCAGGACUCUUGAUGUCAACACUGUCCUUCGACACUACGACCAACAAGACAAGGAUGCGGCGACAACACUUAGGGAAGUUGAAAAGGCACCGAAGCUUGGCCUUCUGACCCAAACGGUUAUUCGCAGCCCUCUAGUGCACUGGAUACUACCAGCACGACUCAGAGACAAUCGCAAGAAUGACGUGGCUUUCAUUGGGGAUGACUUCGUGCAGAUAAAGGAGCUUCGAUGCGACGGGCUCCUGUGGGAUGUUAUUCGGAAAGAAGAUUUUGGAGCUCGUAUCCGAAACGCUCGUGUCAUUGGAUCUGUCAAAGCAUAUGAGGCCGAUGCGGACGAUUGUGCUCAUUCUAGUAGGGUGACGAGUGAGCGUUGUGAUGACGACACUCCCAUGAGCGACGACAAUACUGGCCCCAACACAUCUCCGCCGUCUGACCAGCACUUACUUCCGCCCCAGUGCCUCUUGUUGCAACUCGAUACAGGUGAUUCGGUGUUCCUGACCUUGCGCCGGUUAGAGAAUGGCAGAGUCGAGUUUGUUUCGAGCAGAUAUCGCGUAUCGAAGCCGAUGUUGAAGUUGCAGCCAGGUAUGCAACUUGCGGUGGAUCCAAGUUCUCGCUACAUGGUUGUUGGUUGCUCUGAGGGUGUCUUUGCAAUUUAUUCAUUGCAUCCAAGGAGCAGUCUCGCCAAACACUACACGCAGACGUCAAGCUUGAACCAUGUUGAGUCAGAAACGCAAAUAUACCCUAGAGGAGUCAUUCUUAAGUUGGAGUUCUUGUACCCUGCAACCGAUGAUGAACAACAUAUCAUUUUGUUGGUCCUGGUAAUUCUCAAGGGCAAGAUCCGAAUGCUUCUUUAUGAAUGGGAGGCUGGUAGUGACCUUAAAAAAGUCACAGCGAGAAGCUCCAGGGGUUACCUGCUGGAGAAGUCGCGCCAGGUACCUCUCUUACUCAUCCCAUUGACGAUCAAAUCAUCUUUUAUCUUAGUGUACGAAAGUUUCAUGGCUGUCUGCCAAGGGAUCCUUCAUGGCACUCCCAAGUUGAUAUACUUCAACGAAAGCGUUGACAGCCCAACAGCUUUUCACCAUGGCCUGGGUAAUCCGCUGUGGACCUCGUGGACUCGCCCGUCCCGGCUCGAGAGCCACAAGGUGACUCGAGAUGACCUGUUCAUAGCCAGAGAGGACGGACUUGUUAAGUUUCUCGAAAUUGACUCGGAGGAUGACGAUGUUGUGACUGCUGAUAACAAUAUUGGCGAGCUCGGAGCAAACUGCGGCAUGGCAUUGGCAAGUCUUGACUAUCCAAGGAAGAAUGCAAAGAGUGGUGAUUUGUUCAUCAUGGGCGGAGAUGCAUCCUCAGGUGGAACUUAUUUGCUCCAAGCGAGACAACAUCCAGUUUUGACCGAGCCACUCCCAAAUUGGUCUCCAGCGCACGACUUUGUAACUACACACAGGCCCCGUUCUUCGGAACUCGUCACAAAUGGAGCUACUGGGAAACAAGACGUCGAGUUGAUCCCACAACCUGACCGAGUCUUUGUUUGUGUGGGGAAAGGUUCAGGAGGGGGAAUCGCUGAGCUCAGACAUGGGUAUGAGGCAAGCAUUGGCCUGGAGGUUGACUAUGACAACACUAUCAUGAGUGCUUGGGCACUGUGGCCUACUUUAAACGUCUUCACUGAAGCUGACCCAUACCUUUUCCUACUUUCUACGGGAGAUCGCUCCGCAGUUCUCCAGCUCUCGGGAGAUGCUGCUGAGAUUGUGGAGCUGGAAGAAGAGGCGACAAGACUAGACUUGGUCCAUCGAACGAUUACGGCAGUCACCCACGGGCAAUACAUCAUUCAGGUGACCGAGAAGACCAUCGUGGUGACAGAUAUUUACACGAAUGGCCGCGUGUACACAGUGGAGGACCUCCUCCAACUCAAACAGGGAGAAGCUUCGGUUGAGCAUGCAGCUGUUGAGGAUGGUCAUAUCUUUUUAACGACCCGCUUGAAAAGUUCAAAAACGCCGACGCUUCUUCAGGUUUCGAACCUUGUCUUGCCACUCAUGAGUAUGGACGUCAGCACGGGCACAGGCUCAGGCCUUACCGCCUACACCCUGUGCCAAAUUGAUCAUGAUAUCAGUACUAUCACUGCCGAGCGAAUUUCAGGCAGUCUUUACGCAAUCAUGGCUGGAUGGAGCAAGGAAGGGUUAGUUAUUUUCACAUUCCAGCCCCUUGGCGGAGGUCCAAAGUCAGACGUAGUUGUGCCGCCCCCGUCCGAUGAUAAGCCCAGCCGCUUCGACACAAUAGCUAGCAUCGCAGUUAUACCAUCCUCUAACGGCAUCUUUCAACUUCUCUGUGGAACUCGCAAUGGUAUGGUAGCACUUUUCGGUAUCUCAGAAGCUAGCUUCCGCAUCCUUUCAGCAAAGUACACACGCAUCGGUGCUACUCCCGCUAUGGUUGUCAGAGAUGAGUUUUCCAUUUCUGGCAAUACGUUCUUCGUGAACUGCGAUCUGAAAUGCUAUCGCCUGUCCUUAGAGGCCCGAGAACCUUCUCUCACGCCUGGCGAUUCCCUCACCAUCAAUCAGAUAUGGCUGUCUGAUGCGUUGAAGCCUGGUAUGUGUCAGCCGAAGAUAAAUUCGAUCGUAAAGAUGCGCCCACCCUGCUCUGGGUCCACAAGUGGGAGUCUUCUCGUUAUAUCUGGCUCCCAGCUGUUGAUUACUAGCUUGAGCAAACAAGCAAAGCCGGUCACUCGGCACAUGGCCAUUGGCGGAACCCCAACUCGCUUGUUGUAUUCUCAUACUUUGGAUCUCAUUGUCGUGGCGGCCUCCGUAAAUGGGAGAUCUACCCUCAUGUUCAUCGAUCCUACGAGCGGGGAGGAUAUCUCUCACCCUCUUGACGAAAAAACAAAGGACAUUGUCAAUUUCGCGUCAGGUCUUGGAAAUUUCAACGAGAGGAUUUUCAGGCUAUUCGAGUGGUCCUUUAUGAAAGAUAGUAAGACCUGGAAUUUUAUCAUUGCAGCUACAAGUACAGGGCGUCUCUUGAUCAUCUCUUUUGAAGAACGUCGAGUGUCAACGAUUGACACCCAAUCCAAUCAGAACCUUCAACGGGAUGAGGCUGGCAACCAACGACAGAUAGCUUACUAUACACGUCACAAAUUUAAGUCUACCGACCCCGUCUAUUCCGCAACUGGUCUCUCGGAUGGUCUCCUGUGGUGUGCUGGAACCACAUUGGCAUAUGAUACUCUUGACUUGACCGAGAAGAAAUUCAAACGUAUGACUGAUUACGAGCUUCCAUCCCCAGCUACGGACAUUAUCUACGAGGAUGGAACCAUAUACGCACUGACCACUUGUCAUUCCUUGGAAAUUCUAAAAUUAGUUCACAGUGGCUCUGGGGGAUGUCGAAUUGUUCGCACUCAUGGCGACCAACUUGCCCGUGAUAGCCUACAUCAGUUGCUAUUGGAAAGAAUCUCACAACGUCCAAUACAUCUGGUUUCCGAUAAACUCUCUUCGGUUGUUGGUCUCUGGCCAACCCAUAAUACCAGAGCCGAUACCCUGGAGCCAGUGUUCGAAGCAGCACUUCACUCCUCAAUCCUCCGGUUUCGGUUUGGGCAGUGUCGCCCAAUGUGGGAUCCUGUGUGGCCACAACGCAAUAAUAGAUCAAUAUCAACUUCGCUGACCAAACGUGAGGCAUUAGGCUUGUCUAUAACUGGAUCACUCAGCCACUUUACAGUCCUUGACUUCAAGACCUGGAGACUGCUGAGACUUAUCAUGGACUUGGCGAAUCGCUCACCAAAGAUCUGUGAGUUUACCUACAGGGAUGAUCCAAUGCCAUUGGACACCAUGACCGAGCCAAAGACCAUGAUGCAUAUUGAUGGCGAUGUACUGAAGACGAUCUUACAUGGACGCGGUUUGAAGCAGUUACUGGGAACCGAUUUAGAGACGGACGAGUCUCGACGCACUCUCCAGAGGUUCAUAGGGCUCCUCCAAGACGUCCAUGAGGGGACACUGGAUCAGGAUGGCACGAUCGCAUAUUACAUUGGCCAGACAUACACCGACCUUGAGUUCUAUCUACGACCUGUGAUGUAA